GGCGCCGCCCCCUCGGUGCUCUCGGAAGGCCCACCAGCUCCCGGGCCCGCCGGGAAGCCCCCGGAGCCGCCUCGGCCGCGCCGGAGGAGGGCGGGGAGAGGACCAUGUGAGUGGGCUCCGGAGCCUGAGCGCCGCGCAGUUUUUUUGAAGAAGCAGGAUGCUGAUCUAAACGUGGAAAAAGUUUCUUUGAUGAGAACUCAGAGCUUUCCUGUGGUUGCCCAUUCACUUGACCUGAGAAAAAUGGGUCCAUGAUAUUUUAAAUAGUAGAUUAACUGUGAAAUAGGAAUAGUCCCCGGUGAGCAGAUCGGCUUCAUCUGACCAGUCCUGCCGCUGUUGUAGAAGACAUGUGGUGUAUAUAAAGUUUGUGAUCGUUGGCGGAAAUUUUGGAAUUUAGAUAAUGGGCUGUGUGCAAUGUAAGGAUAAAGAAGCAACAAAACUGACGGAGGAGAGGGACGGCAGCCUGAACCAGAGCUCCGGGUACCGCUAUGGCACAGACCCCACCCCUCAGCACUACCCCAGCUUCGGCGUGACCUCCAUCCCCAACUACAACAACUUCCACGCAGCCGGGGGCCAAGGACUCACCGUCUUUGGAGGUGUGAACUCUUCGUCUCAUACGGGGACCUUGCGUACGAGAGGAGGAACAGGAGUGACACUCUUUGUGGCCCUUUAUGACUAUGAAGCACGGACAGAAGAUGACCUGAGUUUUCACAAAGGAGAAAAAUUUCAAAUAUUGAACAGCUCGGAAGGAGAUUGGUGGGAAGCCCGCUCCUUGACAACUGGAGAGACAGGUUACAUUCCCAGCAAUUAUGUGGCUCCGGUUGACUCUAUCCAGGCAGAAGAGUGGUACUUUGGAAAACUUGGCCGAAAAGAUGCUGAGCGACAGCUAUUGUCCUUUGGAAACCCAAGAGGUACCUUUCUUAUCCGUGAGAGUGAAACCACCAAAGGUGCCUAUUCACUUUCCAUCCGUGAUUGGGAUGAUAUGAAAGGAGACCAUGUCAAACAUUAUAAAAUUCGCAAACUUGACAAUGGUGGAUACUACAUUACCACCCGGGCCCAGUUUGAAACACUUCAGCAGCUUGUACAACAUUACUCAGAGAGAGCUGCAGGUCUCUGCUGCCGCCUAGUAGUUCCCUGUCACAAAGGGAUGCCAAGGCUUACCGAUCUGUCUGUCAAAACCAAAGAUGUCUGGGAAAUCCCUCGAGAAUCCCUGCAGUUGAUCAAGAGACUGGGAAAUGGGCAGUUUGGGGAAGUAUGGAUGGGUACCUGGAAUGGAAACACAAAAGUAGCCAUAAAGACUCUUAAACCAGGCACAAUGUCCCCCGAAUCAUUCCUUGAGGAAGCGCAGAUCAUGAAGAAGCUGAAGCACGACAAGCUGGUCCAGCUCUACGCAGUGGUGUCUGAGGAGCCCAUCUACAUCGUCACCGAGUAUAUGAACAAAGGAAGUUUACUGGAUUUCUUAAAAGAUGGAGAAGGAAGAGCUCUGAAAUUACCAAAUCUUGUGGACAUGGCAGCACAGGUGGCUGCAGGAAUGGCUUACAUCGAGCGCAUGAAUUAUAUCCAUAGAGAUCUGCGAUCAGCAAACAUUCUAGUGGGGAAUGGACUCAUAUGCAAGAUUGCUGACUUUGGAUUGGCCCGAUUGAUCGAAGACAAUGAGUACACAGCAAGACAAGGUGCAAAGUUCCCCAUCAAGUGGACGGCCCCCGAGGCAGCCCUGUACGGGAGGUUCACAAUCAAGUCUGACGUGUGGUCUUUUGGAAUCUUACUCACAGAGCUGGUCACCAAAGGAAGAGUGCCAUACCCAGGCAUGAACAACCGGGAGGUGCUGGAGCAGGUGGAGCGAGGCUACAGGAUGCCCUGCCCGCAGGACUGCCCCAUCUCUCUGCAUGAGCUCAUGAUCCACUGCUGGAAAAAGGACCCUGAAGAACGCCCCACUUUUGAGUACUUGCAGAGCUUCCUGGAAGACUACUUUACCGCGACAGAGCCCCAGUACCAACCUGGUGAAAACCUGUAAGGCCUGGGUCUGCGGAGAGAGGCCUUGUCCCAGAGGCUGCCCCACCCCUCCCCCAUUAGCUUUCAAUUCCGUAGCCAGCUGCUCCCCAGCAGCGGAACCGCCCAGGAUCAGAUUGCAUGUGACUCUGAAGCUGACGAACUUCCAUGGCCCUCAUUAAUGACACUUGUCCCCAAAUCCGAACCUCCUCUGUGAAGCAUUCGAGACAGAACCUUGUUAUUUCUCAGACUUUGGAAAAUGCAUUGUAUCGAUGUUAUGUAAAAGGCCAAACCUCUGUUCAGUGUAAAUAGUUACUCCAGUGCCAACAAUCCUAGUGCUUUCCUUUUUUAAAAAUGCAAAUCCUAUGUGAUUUUAACUCUGUCUUCACCUGAUUCAACUAAAAAAAAAAAAGUAUUAUUUUCCAAAAGUGGCCUCUUUGUCUAAAACAAUAAAAUUUUUUUUCAUGUUUUAACAAAAA